AUGUCAGAAAUUGCAGGCCCUGCAGCUGCUGCUCUGGCAUCGCUAUGCCCUGACGAUGUAAUUUUCCUUCAGUCACUCCCCAAGGCAGAGCUCCAUGCUCAUCUCAACGGAUCUAUACCUAUCAAAACAAUACUGGAACUUGCGCAGAAAUACUCGCCUUCUAGUCCACUGACAACUGAGGUCGCAGACAUUAUCGAGAAACUCAAGUCUGGAGUCAUCUUGAAUGACAUAUUUGACUUUUUCUCUCUGAUGCCCGCUAUCUAUACUCUGACAUCAACCCCGGAAGCAGUCUUGACAACUACUCGCGCAGUCCUCCAGUUGUUUCUGAACCCCACCAGUGAUGGCGCGGAAAGUCCUCAAUGCACGUACCUUGAACUACGGACUACACCUCGCGCGACGACACACAUGACGCGAGAGAGGUACCUCACGGUCGUGCUUGAUGAAGUAGAGAUGUAUCCUGCUACUCAGGCCGCCCUGAUCGUGUCCGUUGAUCGUCGCAUGAGUGACUCGGACCUUGAAGAAUGCAUCAGUCUCGCCAUCGAGAUGAAGAACAGAUGCAGAAGAGUUGUAGGCAUUGAUGUAUGUGGGGAUCCACGCAGUGGCGACAUGCAAUCCUUCACUCAGCACCUAGCAAGAGCAAAGGGUGCCGGCCUUGGGUUGACCGUGCACAUCGCGGAGAGCACAAAUAAUACAACCGAGGAUUCUCUGGCACUCCUUAGUUGUCGUCCGGAUCGACUCGGACACGCGACAUUCCUUUCAGAUGAACUGAAGAUUUUGUUCUUUGAGGAUAUCCCGCAGCCUGGGACAGAAUGCGGCUCUUUGUCUGAAUCGGAGUCGCCCAAUAACGCGCGUACGAACGGACAGUACAAGCCAUGCAUCGAGAUAUGCCUGAGCUCUAAUCUUCUAUGUAAAACUGUCGCAUCCCUCGACGCGCAUCAUAUUCGCUAUUAUCUGAAGAAUAACCAUCCCAUCACCAUUUGUACCGACGACGCACUCCCUUUCAGGACGUCUUGUCUUGGAGAGUACUCUUUGCUUCUGGCACAGCCUCCGCUAGGCCUUGGCUUGAGCAGAGAUGAUGUAGCUAGAAUCGCACGGAUGGGCAUGGAUGCUGCAUUUCUGAGACCUCGUGAUUGA